ACACAGCUGUGUUUGUAUCACCACCGCCCCCACCCCACGCACGCACGCACGCUUUGGGUUGUUGGUGAAAUGGCGCAGGCGGGUGUGUUUCUGGAACAUGACCAGUUUAACUGUUCGAUCUGUCUGGACGUGCUGAAAGACCCAGUCACGGUUCCGUGCGGUCACAGCUACUGUAAAGGCUGCAUUAAAGGCUACUGGGACCAGGACGACUACCUGGGGGUGUACGGCUGCCCCCAGUGCAGGCAGAGCUUCACUCCCAGGCCUGUGCUGGGCAGGAACACCAUGCUGGCCGACGUGGUGGAGAAACUGAAAAAGACGGCGGUGAGUUGUGCGCCACAGAAAGCCGAGGCCAGUGCGGCCGAGCCGGGCGGCGUGCCGUGCGACGUGUGCGUGGGAAGCAACCGGAACCGAGCCGUGCGCUCGUGCCUGGUUUGUCUGGCGUCGUACUGCGAGGAUCACGUGAAGCCGCACUACGAAUCCGCCGCGUUCCAGAAGCACAGACUCGCAGCGCCGAGCUCCAGCCUGCAGGAGAGCCUGUGCCCGCGCCACGACCGGCUGCUCGAGCUCUUCUGCCGGACAGAGCAGCGCUGCAUCUGCUACCUCUGCCUGACCGACGAGCACAAGGGCCAUGACUCGGUCAUGGUUUCCAUGGAGAUGACCGAGAAAAAGGAUGCUCUGGCGGAAACGCACAGGAAAUCGCAGCAGAGAAUUGAGGAGAGAGAGAAGGAGUUACAGGAGCUAAGACGAGCCACUCAGUCCCUCACCCUCUCCGCCCAGGCGGCGUUAGAGGAGAGCGAGCGGAUCUUCACGGAGCUGGUUUGCUCGAUAGAGCGCCGGCGGACGGAGGUGAAGGAGCUGAUCCAUGCUCAGGAAAGAGCGGCCACGAGCCAAGCUGAGGAGCUUCUCGUCCAGCUGGAGCAGGAGAUCGCUGAGCUGAAGAAACGAGACGCUGAGUUAAGCCAGCUCGCUCAAACCGAGAACCAGAUCUCCUUCCUCCAGAAUUACGAGUCUGUGUGUAUCCAGCCGGUGUGUAUGGACGUUCCCAGCAUCACAGCAGACCCUAGUUUUGGGUGCGUGAUAAGUGCAGUGUCUGAGUUCCAAGCCCUGCUCGAUGACGUGUGCCAAGGUGGAUUUAUGCAUAUUUCCGAAAAAAUCAGCGAUGUUACCAUUAUUCAGAACACCAAGCCCAAGGCUGAUGCAGAGUCGAACACGGAUCUUCAGACCCCUCCCAUUUUUCCAGGUUUUGUUGGCCAAAACACUUUUAAUCUUGCAGCACCAGCGUUUGGCCGUUUCACCCUUUCGGCACCAAUCGGUAAGUAUGUUGGAGUGACUUUUUUUUUUUUUUGCUUAACUUUUUAUUUAAUCAAGCAAUCCUACACUUAAGAAAAAUGAACUUCCUGUGUCUCGGCUCUAUACGAUACCACAGGAGCUGUUAAAACCGAUCCUUUGUGUACUAGAGCCAGCAUUUUGCUUGAACUGAUCCCUCCUGAUGUUUCUCCGAGUGCUUGCUCCUUUAACUUCUUUCUCCACCUGCUGUAGGCUGCAGAGCGACUCCUCGACUGAGACUCCAUCAGCGCAGAAGACGGCGGUAGCAUCGCAACAACACGCCGUCUAUCACUUUUCAGUAUUUUGGUGUUCUUGGUAAUUAGAUAAUGUAAUACAUAAAGAUAUUAUUCUUAUUUAAAAGCAAGUAAUAAAAAGUAAGAUGUACUAUAUACAGUUAAGUGUUCUACAAAAGAUUUAUGAUUGGUCUUUUUUUAAAAAAAAUGCAAAAAUAGAUGAAAAGAAAGAAAACAGGACGUGAACAAGCUUUCCAAGCUUGGCUGGAGCGUUCUGUUUAAAAAGAUUAAUGUAAAAUAUUUAUCUAGUAGAAAUGUGAAUGAAUGUAUCUGCUGUGACAUUGAUAUUAAUAACAUUAUUCAAAACUAUAAUGCAGAAAGAAUAACAGCUCUGUGUUUUAAUUCUUGCAAGUUAUAUUCAUUAAGCUUGUGUUAGGUACUUUAAUGUUUGCAAAUUAUUAUUGUGACUUUCUUUUUACAAAAUUAUAAAAUGUCAAAUGCUUAUUUUUCAUUACAU